UUUGGCGGUCCGUGCAGCCAGCCUGGUGUCUUCUCACCUCACCACUUCGACACCUCGAAACCUCGAUCCAGCGCAAUGACGACCCCUCACGAAGGACUUACACAUCUCAAGACGUACGACGUCAAGGACAGCAACGUCGAGCUGAUCGGCUCAGACCUCGACCAUAAGGUCAAAUACAAGUCUGCCUCGACCGAGCCGGCAUGGAAUAACGGUACCAUCGGCAAAGUCGAUGGCCUCUUUGUCUGGCGCAUCGAAGACUUUCAAGUGGUGCCCUGGCCUCGUCAGAGGGUUGGCGACUUUUACGAAGGGGACAGCUACAUCGUCCUCCGAUCCUACAAGGUCGGCCAACAAGAAGAGCUCUCCCACGACAUUUUCUUCUGGCUUGGCAGCAAGACUUCGCAGGACGAAGCAGGCACCGCAGCCUACAAGACGGUGGAGCUCGACGAGUUUCUCAAGGGUGCGGCGACGCAGCAUCGAGAGUUGCAGGCUCAGCCCUCGAGCGACUUUCUCCGUCUGUUCCCAAGAAUCACAAUCCUGUCUGGGGGUGUGCGAUCUGGCUUCACUCAUGUUGAGGCAAAGAAGCCGGAGAGUGUUCUUCGACUUUUCCGCGUCGUCAAGGCUCCCCAAGGUCAGACGCCAUCGGGCAGGACAGCAACGAUGGUUUACGAGGUAGAGCCGACAUGGAAGAGCCUCGACGAAGACGACGUCUUCAUUAUCGACCAAGGCGAGAAGAUCUGGGUCUGGCAGGGCCGCAAAUGCAGUCCGAUCGAAAAGGCAAAGGCAGCAGAGGUUGUACAUGAUAUGACCUUGGAGAAGAAGAUUGACACCGAGGUCCUGGCACAAACCGACUCCCGCUCGCACCUCAUCAUCGAGCAGCUUGGCGGCGACGUCAACACACCUCCCAUCACAACCUCCCAGACGCCCCAUCCUACCAGUGCGACAUCGGCCUUGGCUUCUGACUCUGCUCUUAGGCGACCUCGGAGGCUGUAUAGACUUAGCGAUGCAAGCGGCCAGCUUCUGUUCGAUCUCGUCAGGAACGGUAACGAGAUCCAGCGAUCUGACCUUGACGGCAACGACGUCUUCCUCUUGGACACGGGCCUGCAUAUUUGGGUCUGGCAAGGCUCUCAAGCGAGCAAAGCCGAGAAAUCAAUGUGGAUCAAGGUCGGGCAAGCCUAUGUGCGCAGCCUCGAAGAUCAGCAGGUCGAAGCGCAGGCCCACCUUACGCCAUUGGCCACCGUCAAGCAGGGCAAGGAACCAGCAGCAUUCUGGAAAGACCUCGAGGCAAAGUAACCAUCGAGGGGAUGGGGGCAAAUGUCUUUUGGUUUCAUCAUUUGUUCUUCUUGGAUAGGAAGAUUCUAUCGCGCACAAAUUGAAAGGAAAGGAAGAAGAAGAGGAAAGGCGCUCGCGCCGAGGUGUGCAGAGGAAAGAAGGGGUAAAGAACUUGUUAGGAAGUGUUUGUCUUCCAAGGAGGUACGAAAAGGGUAAGAAGAGAGAAUCUGUUAAGAC